AAAUUUUAUUUGACGUGAAUAUUUUGUUUACAUAAAUACAAUUUGCCUCUUUUUCUUUUUGUAACUGCUUUUAACACUAAUAUACCAUGUCUAAGAAGCCAAAGAAACCUACCAAGAAGGAGAAAGGGCAGAAGUCGGAGUCUAAGAAGAUCCCGGUGCCCUCCCACCCUAAGAUCAGCGAUGCGAGCCUGUUGAGGGUCCCUGAAGACGCCCUGCCUGGUUACAACCAGCGAAUACUGACUGGAAUAGAAUGGAAUACGGCACAUGAAGUCACUCGAUACAUCAGGGAGAAAUGCGAAAGGAAACUAGAUCCAGUCACUUUCAAAGAAGCCAUACGUGACAAAAUACAAAAAAGUAUUUUGAGCCCCUUCUUCAAUAAGUCAAAUUUGACCGUUGACGAACUAUGGGAGGUGUAUCUUCCUCUGAUCCUGUGGGAUAAAGAGCGUUUGAUUACUACUGAAGAAAAGGCGUGUUAUGAGUUUGAUAACUGUAUCACUGAUAACAUUAUUGAAAUGAUUCACAAAGCAGUAAACUUGAAAAGUAAAGCAGCCCUGAGGAAGAUGUUCAAAGAAGUUGAAGUACUUAGACUGAUUGAUGCGAAGAUGACCAAACUGGACGACGAUUUACUUAGUUAUAAAAAUUUAAUAACGCUAAACCUCUCGGGAAAUUGUUUUUCUGAGAUAGAUGCAACGUGUUUGCCGGAGACUCUGAGAGUCUUAGAACUGCAAAACAACUUGUUAUGCAAUAUUAAACAUUUUGCUGAAUUUUUGCCGGGUGGCUUGAUGUACCUUGGACUAAGUAAGAAUUUCAUAGCCGAUGAAUGUUUCUGCCUGGAAGAUAAUAUUCGUUGUUCAGAAGGAGUCAGUGCAUUUUCUCAUCUGACUAGAAACAUAAUGGUCUUGGAUCUGUCUGAUAACGACAUCUAUCGUCUGGCGCCUGUACUAGAUGCUCUGAGCAGUCUACCGAACCUCAACGCGCUAGUGCUCUCCGGAAACCCGUGUGCGUACUGCGUGGAGUACCCUCGAGCCACGCUCCACCAGCUGCCCCGACUGCAGCACCUAGACUGCCGCGAGGUCCUGGCCUCCGACAGACCUGGUGACCAGUACCAGCUGGACCCAGAGGAGCUGAGAUAUGGGUACUUCGUGUUCGACGUGAUAAGACUCAUGUCUGUACCGCCUCCGCCGAAAGUGGAGAAGGGUGCCACCAUAUCAUUCUACGUGGAGCUGGAGCUGCCCCUGCUGGACAGCGUGCGGAGGCAGUUCCUCAUGUCCCGUAACCCCGGCUCGCUGACGGAGCUGCUGCCGGCGCCUGAUGGUGAGAGGGCGCCUUCCGGGCCCGGGGCGGCCAGCGCGGGGAGCAAGACUGCUGAUGGUGUAACCGACACCGACAUCUCAACUCAAGCAACAGACUUGUACCAGCACCUGGAACGUAAGAACUCGAGGGAAGUGCUCCACUACACCAAGUUUGAGAGCAGCCGGGUGCCGUGGAGCCAGGUGAUGACCUUCCAGGAGCCAGCUGUGAGGAUCUUCUGUCCCGACCUCAGGGCUCUGAGGGACACUUUCCGCACGGUCAUUACUGUGCGGGUCAUGUGCUCUAUCGUAAGUUCUUCUAAGUCUUCAGACAAGAAGGACAAGAAGAGCGCGAAACCACCUGAACCCACGGAGCAGACGGUGACGCUGGCGGCCAUCAGGUGCGUGCUGAGGAAGAGCGACUGGAGCCAGCCGCGGCAGCACUUCCACUGGGACUCCACGUUGGGUACCGACGAGGCCAUGCACUGGGGAGACGGCGAUUUAACGGUAAAUGGAAAUUAAUUAUAGGGAUUGCUAUCAUGAACAAAAUACGGCUUACAUUUUUUGCAACAUAAAAAUAAGAGGGAUAGUUGUAUUGAAACAUGGUUGGGUAAAAUGCUGAUGACCACUGACU